AUGCUGGAUACCCCGAGGUAUAAAAAUAGUUUUUCUCCUGGUUUUGGAGCUGACAGGACCGAAAGGUUCUGCAUAUAUUCUUUCAGACCAGUUAAUGCUAGGCGCUGUUCAUCCCCCCAAACUUAUUUGCCAUGGCUUCGUAUUGUGUCAAAAAAUGGUUUGCAGCGAUCUAACAAUUUGGAAAUGAACCGGCUCAAUGCAGCGAUCCGUCCUGUGAUUGUGAUAAAGAUGUCAGGAGCUGGAAGAGGCAGAGGACGACCUGCUAGAGGUAGAGGUCAGGGAGGUGCUGGUCGUGGUGGUGUUGACCAUGACAAUGUUCAGUUGGAGGAUGCACCUCAUGUGCCAAAUCCUAUGAUUGGAUUUAUCAGAGAUAUCCGCAAAUUGGGGGCUGUUGAAUUUGCUAGAGCUACCGAUCCACUUGAUGCUGAGAAGUGGAUUGAAGAUAUGGAAAAGUAUUUUGAGAUGAUGGACUGCACUGAGGUGCAGAAAAGGAAGAUUGGUACAUUUCUUUUAUCUGGUGAGGCGCGCCAGUGGUGGCAGUCAGAGACCAGGAUGGUUGUGGACAUUACAACUAUGACCUGGGAUGAUUUUAAAACUCGGUUCAAUGACAAAUACUUUCCACAAUCAGUGAAGGAGAAGAAGGCAGCAGAGUUCACGCAGCUGGAACAGAAUAAUGAGAUGUCAGUUAGUGAGUACGAGAGGAAGUUUACAGAGCUAUCCCGAUUCGCUCCUCACAUUGUUGCGAAUGAGUUACACAAGGUUAGAAAGUUUGAGCGAGGAUUGGUCUCUUAUGUGAAGAAGUUUGUGGUGGGUCAUCGUUUUGACACAUAUGCUAGAGUGGUGGAAUGUGCUAUGGCAGUAGAGGAGAAUAAUAACAUUGCCUUUCAGAAACAGAAGGAGCGUAGGGCAGAACAGAAAGGUAAGGGGGCUAGCAGCACUCAACAGAAUCAGAGUAGCUCUCAACAGAAUCAGAGGGGUCAGCAGCAGCAGACUCAGAGAAACUGGCAGGGUCAGUCUUGGCAGAGAGGUAGACAAGAUUGGCGAGCAGGGAAAUGGCAGAGAGUUGGUGAAGGUGAGCAAUCCACAGCUUUAGUACCAGCCACACCUCAUGAUGCACAGCCAUAUCAGUUCAGCGGGCAUUGCUAUAAUUGUCGUGAACAAGGACAUUUGGCUCGUAAUUGUCCUAAGCCUCACAAGAAUAACCAGCAGAAAGGUCAGGCACCACAGCAACAAGGAGGUGCAAGGGUUUACGCAGUUGUUCCAGAUGGGAGACAGGAUCGUGCACCACCAGCAGUAGAAGGUACACUUACUAUUUAUGGCAGUAUAGCUAGAGUACUAUUUGAUUCAGGUUCUUCAUAUUCUUUUAUUGCACUAUCAUUUGUGAAUACACUGGGAUUAGAACCUGGACAUAUAAGUAAUGCCUUAUCUAUUAUAACUCCACUCGGGAGCGCAACGACACUUGAUAGAAUAUGUCGUGCUUGCCCUGUUACAAUUGGGGAGUUGGAGUAUCCUAUUGAUUUAAUAGUAUUACGUAUGAGAGAAUUUGAUGCUAUACUGGGUAUGGAUUGGUUGGCUAGAUAUCAUGCUCAGUUGGACUGCCAUGAGAGGAUUAUUGUAUUCUCAGUUCCGGGACAGUUUCCUUCUCGAUAUAAGUGUGGGGAGUUUGAGGGCACCAUGACUAUGGGAUUUCUGGCCCACAUCGAGGUGGUUGAGCAAUGCGUGACUAUAGAGCAGUUGUCUACAGUGUCAGAGUAUGCAGAUGUGUUUCGGGAUAUUCCGGGUUUGCCUCCUAGGAGGGCAGUGGAUUUCUGCAUCGACCUCACUCCUGGUAUUUCACCUAUCUCUAGGGCAACCUACAGAAUGGUGCCAGUUGAAUUGAGUGAGUUGAAGAAGCAGACUCAAGAGUUGCAAGAUCGGGGGUUUAUUCGACCUAGCACAUCACCGUGGGGAGCACCUGUUCUUUUUGUUAAGAAGAAGGAUGGGUCACUCCGCUUAUGUGUUGACUAUCGUGCGCUGAAUAAGGUCACUAUUAAGAACAAGUACCCAUUGCCACGCAUCGAUGAUUUGUUUGAUCAACUCAGAGGGGCGCAGUUGUUCUCUAAGGUUGACUUGAGGACUGGGUACCAUCAGCUGAGGAUUAGGGAUGAGGAUAUUCCUAAGACUGCCUUUAGGACUCGUUAUGGCCUCUAUGAGUUUUUAGUCAUGCCUUUUGGGUUGACUAACGCUCCGGCAGCUUUUAUGGAUUUGAUGAACCGAGUGUUUCGACCUUACUUGGAUCAGUUUGUUGUGGUAUUUGUUGAUGACAUUCUGAUAUAUUCCAAGACUAAGGAGGAACAUGAGAGACACUUGAGCAUUGAACUUCAGACUUUGCGUGAGCAUCAGCUCUAUGCUAAGUUUGAGAAGUGUGACUUUUGGCAAGAGCAGAUUCAGUUUUUGGGGCACGUGAUCUCUAAGGAUGGAGUUUUAGUAGAUUCUGCCAAGGUGGAGGCUGUGAUGAGUUGGAAACGGCCUACUACUGUCACUGAGAUUCGUAGCUUCUUAGGACUGGCAGGAUACUACAGGCGUUUCAUUGAAGGUUUCUCCAAGAUUGCUGCACCAUUGACCCGUUUGACUCGGAAGGAUGUGAAUUCUUACCAUUCCUGUUAG